AUGAUGUUUGAUCUAAGAAAUCCUGAAGGUGUCUUUGAAACGGAUCAAAAAGCAGAUUGGGAUGCCGUUCUGGCUAAACUAUAUACAGAUGUGAAGAAAACAAAGCGUGUUAGAGACAUGAAGAAUCUUUACAUAGUCUGGACCAAGAUUCUUCUAGGGUGCUUUUAUCACAGAAAAGCAACUCAUUCCCCAGAUUUCGUCAACAAAGAGCAGCAAUACAUUCUAAGUGAGCUGCCAGAAGUUAGGACUAAAUAUCUUAACUCUCUAAAGGAAGAUAAAGCCAAAGAUGUUCCCGCUAAAGUUAGUCGAAAGAAAGCUUCCACUUCCAGGCCUGCAGUUUCAGAAGUUGCUUUAGAGUCUGCUCAAGAAGUUGUUGUUAACAAAGAAAGAAGGACAAAGCGCAAGUUUGAUCGUUCUUCUGUUAACCAUGAGAAGGAAGUCCAAGAAGAAGUUGUUGCAGUAGUUGAUGAGAAUGCUGCUGAAAGAGAAGUUAUUGCUGAAGAUAAUCAGGAAGUAUUAGUUGAAAAUAAAAAUACUAAACAAGAAGAAUCUGUACCAAUAGAAGUUCCGGUUAACCCCCAACCAGAAAUUCUACCAGAAACAGCCCCAACAGAAUCACCUCAACUCACCCAUGUUCUCACACCUCCUUCUUCUCCCCAAACCAAUGUUCUUACCCCUCCUUCUGUACCUACCACAAAUGCUCUCAUUCCUCCCUCUCCACCCACAAACAAUGUUGCUUUUGACCAUCCCCUAGAAACCCUCAUUCUUGAUAUCCAACCCCUUCAAACCCUUUUUCCUCCUCACUUAAAUAUCUCCACUUCUCAACCUCCUCCUCAUGCUAACCAUAAACCCAUUCCAUCCCCCACUCAAAAUAAUCCCUCCAUCUCCGACCUCCCAAAUUCUGUAUCACAUGAGAAAUUGCUUCGUGAUUGCAAUUACACACCCAAGCCUCGUCCUGAACCUGAGUUUGUGGUGUUAGACUCUGAGAAUGAAGCAUAA